UGAUAUUAGUUUACAAACAUAAAAAAGGGAUUUAUGGCCAGGAUGUGUGGCCUUAUUUUACUGGCCAAGCCUUCUGUGCUGUCACCAGCCUCAAAUAUUUGCCAACUCCCACAUGGUGGUCACUCCCUGCUAAGCUUUCAUUUACAUUCCUGCAUCUGUGCCGACAGCUCGUGUUUUGUGAACAGCCUUGAAAAGUCGAGCUUUCAGGUCUGCCAGCCUGAUACCGCCCUCAUCCACCAAAGAACAGCUGUUAAAUUUAAUGUGUUGAAAACUUCAACUGCAAAGAUCUUUGGAGACUAUCCUGCAUGUCAUUUUCUUCACCGAUCUUUCAUAUAUAACUAGAUCACACCAUGUCUAACCCAACCCAAAACAACCACGAGGCAGCCUACAUGUCUCUAACAAAAGGCCUGAGAGAGCUGGACCUCCGUGGCCCCUACGUCCCCAGCGACCUGUUGCUGAUCGGAGACCAUGCCUUUCCUUUAGCCAUGAACAGCAAAGGUCAGGUCCUGAUGGCUGCGUCUCUGUAUGGUAGUGGGAGGAUUGUUGUCCUGGGUCAUGAGGGCUACCUGUCUGCCUUUCCCGCUCUGGUGGAGAACGCCCUGAUCUGGCUGCGGGGUGACGGAUCAGGCAACCCUUCUGUAGCCGUGCACCAAAACGUGAGGACGGUCAGCGAUAACCUCAGCAGGUCCAGCUUCCAGGCAGAAGUGGUGGGGGGCUUCAGUAGCAAUCUAGAGGCCGGUGUGUACGUGACGGACGCGUACAGCGUUGGUGCUGACCCAAAAGACUUGGUGGCCUUCAUGAAAGCUGGAGGAGGGGUACUGAUGGCGGGCCAGGCAUGGAGUUGGGCCGCGGAUCACCCUAUGGAGAAUACGUUGCAUUACUUUGACGGAAACAAGGUGUCUGGAGUUGCAGGGAUCUACUUUUCUAAGAAUCCGGGAGAGGUGGAACACCUUCCAGUCUACCCACAGAUUCCAUCCUCCUGGAUGGCUGUAGUCGUAGGAAAGGAUUUCGAGGAUGACCUGCAGUUCUUACUCCACGGUGUUUCAGAGCUUGCCGUCCCAAAUGGUUCACUAGCCUCAGAGGUUCUGGUCCAUGGCCCACUUGCUUUCCCGAUUGCUACUGCAGGAGGUGGACCAGCAUUCCUGGCCGGAUCCUACUAUGGUCAGGGUCGGGUCAUCGUUGCUGGACAUGAAGGAGUUCUGAGCGCUGAGGCAAAUGCUUCAUUUUGGAAAAAUGCCCUACACUGGCUGGAUGAAGGUCGCAGGGGUGUUGUUGGCGUAGCCCUGAAUAAUGGCGUUAAUAUCGCUACCAACUCCGGUCUAAAAAUGGAGAAAACAGGCUUUAAGAAAGACCUGAGUGUGUUUGUGUGUCCAUCAAGCCCCAAAGAGGACUGGGAAGAGAUCCAGAACUUUGUAGCAGAGGGAGGAGGUCUUCUGGUUGGUGGACAUGCCUGGUACUGGGCACAGUCACACGGUGGAAAAAACCCAUUGACAGAUUUUAAAGGGAACAUGAUCCUAAACCAAAUGGGGUUGAGCCUGUUGAAGUCAACUAUUAAUGCAGGUUCAUACAAGGUUCCUGAUCCCAGCCAGGCCAUGAAAGAUACCUACCAUUUCCGCCACCUUUUGCACCGCUUUGCUAAGCAUGUAACAGUGGAGGAAGAACUCAGCAAAGAAGAAGAGGAUUUCCUCAAAAAGCUGGGCAGCGACUGUGCCACCUACUUGACCAUGAAUGCUCAUGACUCCUGCCACUACGCUCAGGUGGUGGCAACCCUCACAGACAUCUUAAAAAGAUCCGGUCUGCCACAGGUGAGCGAGGAUUGCCCUGUCAAAAGUCCCAAAGACCACCUUCUUCUCAACGUUGGGACAGAGAUUUACAAGGUUUGCCCAGAUCCAGAUGCCCUCUUGCCCUACCUCAUCAGGGACAAUCCAUUGUUGCCAGUUGUCCGCAAUCACAGGGUCAAGUUGGACGUCAACACCGCAGGAGGAGAGGAGUGGGUCAGCACAGGUCUCUACCUUUCUCCUGGUAUGAAGACAUUUGUGGCCAUACCAGCAGAGAUCGUCAACAAAGGAUGGCAGAUCCAGAUAGGGUGUCAAACAGAUCGUCUGAAUGCAGCAGAGUUGAAGAGGCCUCCAUGUGUCCACCAGCGCUUUCCGGUCACUUCUGAGAUGACACAGGUGUGGAACCUGUGGGGAGGACUCAUUUACCUCGUGGCCCCACCCAACACCCAGGCGGCAGGGCUGGAGGUUGUUGUGCAGAUGGCUGUUCCUGCACCCUAUUAUAAAUCAGGUGUAACGACUGAAGCUGAUUGGUCGUUGUUGCGCAUGGCUCCUUCACCCUGGGCAGAGCUGGAGUUUGACAACAUCAUCCUCACCGUACCGUCGGAGACGAUCCGACAGCUGGAGCACCCCGAUGAGUUGGCGGCCCACUGGAAUGACAUCAUGAAGGCCAUCGCUGACCUGGCUGCCAAACCGCACAAGUUCCCACGUAAAGAGCGCUUUGUUGCAGACGUUCAAAUUUCCCAUGGUUGGAUGCAUGCAGGUUAUCCCAUUAUGGCACACAAGGCAUCUGCAGCAGGACUGGUGAGCGUUAAAAAUGCUAAGACCGAAGGAAUAUGGGGUGCCAUCCACGAGCUGGGACACAACCAACAGCGAGGCUGCUGGGAGUUCCCGUCUCACACCACAGAGUGCACGUGCAACCUGUGGUCAGUGUACGUGCAUGAAGUGGUUUUUGGGAUCAAACGGGAUAAGGCUCAUCCAGCGAUGAAGGAUUCAGACCGAAAGAAACGAAUCCAGGACUAUGUCAAAGGAGGCAGGAACCUCAACAGCUGGAGUGUCUGGGUGGCCUUGGAGACGUACAUGCAGCUCCAGGAAAAGUUUGGCUGGGAUGCCUUUAAGAAGGUGUUUGGUGCCUACCACAAGAUGGACAACUUCCCCAAAGACAACAAAGGAAAGAUGAACCUGUACGCUGAGACGUUCUCCCAGACUGUGGGCAUGAACCUGACUGGAUUCUUCAAGGCCUGGGGGUGGCCCAUAGAACAGGCCACUGAAGGGAAACUGUCCAGCCUGCCAGCCUGGACCGAUCACCCGAUGGUCUAGCAUGACCGCCUGGGAGAAGCUGAUCCUUUAUGAGCACUGACAUGGUUAUGAGGACUAGUUUUUUUUGUUUUGUUUUGGGUUUUUUUGUCAUGUCCUAGUACUUGGGUGAAUUCAGUUGCACACUUUUUUUUUUUUCCAUUUAUUUAUUUCUGACAUAAAGAGAAUUCUAUCCUGCUGGCACUAUAUUGUUUCUUUAAGUUAAAUGCAAAAAUCAAGCAUUGGCUUUUGAUCUCAGCAGCUAGCUCAUAAAAGACAAAGGGCCAUUGUAGCUUCUAAUACACACACAGGAAUACCAUUCCUCCCUCCAAUGGGAAAUAUUGAUAAAUGUAUUAAUAUCCUACAGUGUAAUGUACUUUUACUGCUGUGUUUAUUGAUCCAUGAAUUAUUAUAUUGGUUUGCACAUUACAGUCUUGGGUGUUAUUCAUUAUUAGGAAAACUUUAUUUUGGUGUCUGUUUUCAACACAAUAACACUGUGAGUAACAACACUAUUGAAAAUGAAUUAACUCAACAAUAAAGUGUUUAAAUGCCUUAAUAGUUGCAUGACAAAAAUCAAUAAAAAGAUCAUAAACACCUUUGAA